AUGUCCUUCGACCGUGUGCUCCCAAGGCCACAAGCCUUGUACGAUGAAUCUGCAAACCGCGUUCACCGAACCACCACCAGCAGUCUGCUGGAGCACAAGAUCAUGCACGAUAGCACAAGACUCAUGUCAAUUAUCGACAACAUGCCACGUUCACCUGCUAGCAUUCCCAGGUCCAACGACUCGGAUAGCUGCUCGACCGCCCUGGGGCAGAUGAACCUGUCGUCCAUCAACAAAGAGAAGAUCGCCGAGAACGGCCACCUCCAACCAAGUAUCGCGAGUCCCUCGAGGCAGCACGAUACCUCUGGAGGAUCGACUAUCGAGUUGCCGCUCCGUGAGCGGUCAGCCCCGGGCAGUCCUACCAAGCUGGAGUCUGCCAAGGAGGCGGCAUCGCAAUUCUGUCUUUGCCAGCCAGAUCCGAAAAUCCCGAGACCGAGGAAUGCAUUCAUUUUGUAUAGGCAACACUAUCAGGCUGCUGUCGUUGCCCAGAAUCCCGGGCUUGCAAAUCCGGAGAUUUCUAAAAUCAUUGGAGAGCAAUGGCGAGCUCUCUCGACAGAUACCAAAGAGGAAUGGAAAGCACUGGCAGAGGCCGAGAAAGCUCGACAUCAGCAGCAGUAUCCGGAUUAUCGGUACCAACCAAGACGAUUCGGACGUGAUGGCUUUGGCCGCAAUGGCUCGGUAUCCACUGGCAGCCAGCUAGGCUCAACAACAUGCAAUCGUUGUGGCGGACGCCUGAUGAAUCCACCCUCGACACCACACACGCCCUUGACAGCAACCAUGCCGCCUUUGAGCAGCCGCUCCUCACAGGGGGGGUCAACCCCGCCACACAAUGGCUCCUCUCGCGGAAGCAAGCCUGAGCGCCGUUCAAACUCGAUGCAAUUGUUUAGUGAAUCAGACCGCCGAAUGUCACAAUGGAAAGAAGCCGACCCUGCCCCAGGAGAAGCCAAACGCCGCCGUCUCAAUAGUACCGCAUUUCAACGGACGGACAGUCCAGAUAGUGAGCCAUACUCGCUCUCUUCUCAGAAAACAUACAUUUCGCGCCCAGGGGUGGGCUUUUUCCGUAGUCACGUUGAUCCCGGUCCCAAGACUCCCAACGGGCGAGUGCCUCGCCGGGGGGAUGGAGAUGGACACAGCGAUCCGAGUUUGAUACUGCCACCGCUAAAAUCAAACGGUCUUGCAGCGCGGAGUCAAACUGACACAGUAAUGAACAUCCCCGUCUUGAACAAAAUCAAGGUUCUGGCCAACAUCUCUCCGCCGCUUUCUGACCGCAGCGAGUCGCAACCAAAGGGCGUCGUGGUUGCUAUCGACGGCCAGGAUCCCGCUCAAGUCAGAGUCAUGAUGGAGCACCUUGGACGCAUGAUGUCUCAGGAUAGCAAGUAUAUUGUUAGAAUCUUCGAAGGGCCUGACAUGCUUUCUCGUCGAGGUUCAACUACGGGCCAAAUGGGCGAUGCUACGGUCGAUUAUCUCAACGUCAUAUCCGCAUGGCAUCGAAUCUCAGAUGACAUUGUUCAGUUUGUCAGCUCGGAUCUCCCUGUUAGCGAGUCAAAGGACUCUUCUAGAACCGGGACGCCGCAAUCUGAUACCGCGAGGUCUACAGAACGCAGCCUUUCACCCUCAGUGAUCAAUGAAAACGCAAUUCCGGUUGCGUUGGUUCCUCGGUACCAGCUCACCACUGCAGAUGCAUUCGCCUGCACGAUUCCGAUAAAGGAUCGCUACGCGCUUCUAGACCAUUGGCAGUGGAUGGCAUCCCUCUGGCGGGCAUGCGUUGGUCCUGAUGUGACUAUCCACAUUCGCGAGUGUGAUAGAGACGAGAUGGAGCGUCAUGGCUCGGGAAACCCUGUCGAGAUACGGCUCACUGAGGCUCUUGAGUAUGGAGUGGGCAAGAUGUCGCCUGCAGCCGUCGCAGAUCCGAUUCUUGUCGCGGGGGAGAUUGAGUUGAGGGUAAGUGUCAACCAGAUCGAUUCUUUCCCUCUUUCCAAGUCAUUGAAUGCCGAAACCCUCUCGAUACCGUCCGAAGAUGCCAAACCUCUUCCCUACUCAUUACCCAUCUCCGAUUUACCCGGUACAACUUCAUCCCAGCGUCUAAGAACCACCCCACACAAAGGCGAUUAUCUGCCAGUCGGUAUCUUGCGAAGGAACGAUCAGAUCGAUCUCCAGUCACCCAAGAGUCGUCGUUUUCCAGAUGCCGAACUUGCGAGUUUGGAGAAACAAGGCUGGAUAAAGCUUCGCUGGCAUGCGUAUGAGUCACACCCUGGAUGGUCAUUUGUGCAAGUCUAUGUAUUACCCCAUGAUGUUGCACGAAACCUUAUUCCACGUACGAGCAAUACUUUGAGAAAGUCUCUCAAGCUUGUCAUGUCGAGUAUUGAUAGGUCUCCGGCGGCCUUCAAUGGACAAUUCGAGCCAAUUUCUUCAGAACAAGAAAAAGAUGCUGCUGAAGAUGAAUCGUUGUGGUACAUUUUCAAUACUUUGAAUAACCCUGAUCCUGUUAUUGAAAAUGUCCACGAUGCGGAUGGUCGAUUGGCUAUGGAGGAGCUAAUGUCCAGCUCGACAACCCACGACACAAAUUCCCGGAUGUCAUAUGGAGUUUUCGGGCUCAAGACCCCAUUGCACCCUUAUCAGUGUCGUUCGGCUGCGACUAUGAUUCAACGAGAAGUUCAUCCCAAGCAAAUGCUCGACCCUCGAUUGCAGACAUACACGACACCACAUGGCGAGGAGUAUUAUUACGACAAAGAAGAUGCCAUUCUUCUGCGUGAGAAACGUCUUUAUUCGGAAGCCUGUGGAGGCAUCCUUGCAGAGACUAUGGGUUGCGGGAAAACCUUGAUCUGUCUAUCAGUUAUUUUAUCAACCAGAGGCCAUGUCCCUCGCAUUCCGAUAGAGUACCAGGACACAUCGGCUCCAGUUCGGAGUACGACUGGGUCUCUCGUUGAAAUGGCAGCUGCAACUGCUGGUCGAUUUUCUGUUUCUUGGCGGAGCUAUUUCCAGCAUUUGAGAGAUUCAGGUAUGAAUUACGAACGAUGCGUGAAAGCUUGCGAGCGCAACAGGGGACACUACACGAUACCUCCUCCGCCAUCACGGUAUCAGAGUCGUGGUGGAUGGCUAGCGAGACCGCCAGCAAUUAAACUCUAUCUAAACUCAGGCACACUGAUCAUUGUUCCUCCUAAUCUUGUUGACCAUUGGGCAUCCGAAAUCAAUGCUCAUACCGAAGGGCUGCGAGUGCUUGUUUUAAGUGGUCGGCAUGACAAAAUACCACCAGCUGAUGAAUUGCCACAGUAUGAUAUCAUACUAUUCUCGCGUACUCGAUUCGAAAAGGAAGCUGGAGAGCCUGAAACUAACCGUCGUUUUCCUCAACCUGCAGAAUCACCCUUGAAGAAAUUUCAUUGGCUCCGAAUCAUCGUUGAUGAGGGGCAUAACGUUGCUGGCCAUGGGCACAAGUCUAGCACUAUGCACAUGUUGGACCAGCUACAUGUCGAACGUAGAUGGGUGGUUUCUGGAACGCCCUCGAACGGGCUCUAUGGUGCCGAGCUUAGUAUUGCCUCGCAACAGACUCUCACGACCGACACUGAGUCGGCUGAGGAUGCGACAUCUUCUACUUUGCACUCUCGGAAAAGGACAGGAACCAGGACUGACGAGGAAUUGAAAGAUGUGGACAAAUUGCGACUGAUUGUCGUCGAGUUCUUGAAACACAAACCCUGGGCAAAUUCUCGCUCGGAUGACCCGGCAAAUUGGACAAAGUACAUCAAACCCAUAGGCGAGGAUGGCAGACGCCGAAAAUCUCCUUCUCUGCGAGCUGUUCUGCAAGGUCUGGUUGUUAGACACCAGCUAGACGUCAUCAACGAUGAACUUCCGCUUCCACGACUGUAUAACAAAGUCGUCAGCCUGGAACCGACGUUUUAUGAUAAGAUGUCCCUGAAUAUUUUCCUUCUCUCCUUGGCCGUCAACGCCAUUACAUCCGAGCGCACGGAUCUAGACUACAUGUUCCACAGCCGGAAUAGAAAGCAUCUAAGCGUGCUGAUCAAUAACCUACGCCAGGCUGGAUUUUGGUGGACAGGACACAAAGAAAAGGAGAUUAAAGCGACUAUGGAUGUGGCAGUCAAAUACAUGGAAAAGAACAGGGAAAAAAUGAUGGCAAAUGAUGUCAAGCUCCUAUCUGAAGGGAUAGAAAUAGCUCGCCGAGCGCUAUCUUGCAAAAGCUACGCCGCGUUCUAUCACUUUGACGAACUUGGUGUUUAUGUUCAAGACUUUCCUGAACACAGUCGUAGGAUCUGGUCACUGGUGCACGAUCGGGAUAAUUCCAAUGAUUUGCUUUUAGGAAUAUCCCAAGCACGGCUUGCCCAGUCCUUUGUGAUAUCGAAUCUGAUAGAUGAAGAUCCGUCAGAUGGCCUUGCAGGGGCGGGAAUCACUGCUCGUCGUGAACUGUCACAGCGAUCUCAAAAGCCUACAAAAAAGGCAAACGAAUCUGGUGCAGCCGAUACCCUGACACACAAGAACAAGCCAGCAGAAAAUCGCAUACCUCGAAAGACGUUUCAUAAAGGCGUCACCAUGAAACUACCCCAGAAAUCGCCGCUGACGGGCACGAAAGUGAUUGCAACAGCCUCUGCAAAGCUCACAUAUCUCCUGGAUAAAGUACAGGAACUUCACAAAGCAGAGAAAAUAAUUAUUUUUUAUGAGAACAACAACACCGCGUUUUGGAUAGCCGAAGGUCUAGAAAUGCUAGGUAUCGAGUUUAGAAUCUACGCAAACACGCUGAAGACGAGCCAAAAGGCAGCGUAUCUCUCGCUCUUUGAAGAGUCCUCCAGUGUGCGUAUUCUACUUAUGGAUCUACGACAGGCUUCCCACGGACUACAUAUUGCUAGCGCAUCUCGUGUCUUUAUUGUGAAUCCGAUAUGGCGGCCCAAUGUUGAGAGUCAAGCUAUCAAGCGAGCUCACCGAAUCGGCCAAAUCAAACCUGUCUUUGUGGAGACGCUGGUCCUCAAAGAUACGCUAGAGGAGAAGAUGCUACACAGGCGAAAGGAAAUGUCCAACUCUGAGAUGCAGCAUGCCGAGAAAGACAUGCUGGAAGACUCAACCAUGAGCUCCAUCAUUCAAAACGAGGGCUUCUAUCCUUUGCCCGAGAAUGACGAGCUCAUCAAGCCAGCGUACCUGCAAGAGCCUUCUGGUUUCUUUGACCGUCACGAGUUGCCGAUUCCGGACGAUUACGUAGAUGCCCUUUCUGCAGUACUAAAUUACCCCGUCACCCCGACCAAACGCCGGGCAGUUGAUUACCAGAUAGUCGAGUCGGAUGUCUCGCCCGAGCACACGCCCAAGAAGAAGAAGAAGAAGGUGGGCCUACGAUUCCAGGUCGUCGGCGAGAAUGGGGUUAUCAUGACUCCGCCGAGGGGAUCUAGAUCACCAGAAGCAUCUGGAAUGGUUACUCCUGAAGGGACUCCGAUGACCCCCCGCGGCAAUGAAACGGGUUCGCCAGCCCCAGGAUCCAGCUUCUUUAUAAACACGCGCGCUAUAUUUGGCCCUAAAUUUGAGGCAAUGACCGACGACUCCAAUCGCGCAAGCGCAAAGAAAAGCGCCAAAACAAUCAUCAUCGGGCUCUCCGGCCCGUCUUCAAGCGGGAAAACGACUCUUGCGCGGCUUCUACGCAGCAUAUUCGCGGAUGAAAAACGAGUGAGAACGUUUAUUAUUCAUGAAGAUGAUUUUUAUCAUUCGGACGAUAAGAUUCCAGUUACAAAGACCGCACGCGGAGAAUUAGUUCAGGACUGGGAUACUGCUGGCGCAAUCGACAUUGAUUUCCUAGCAUCAGCGCUGGCAUAUGUGCGGAAAAAUGGGAGGUUGCCGCCCAGGUUACAAAGCAAAGAGGAUCAGAACGAUGCUACGAAUCCCGACGUUGAGGAGGCGAGGAUACAAGAUGUGAGCAGGGUUGUGCGCGAGCGGAUCGCGAGUGAAUAUUCCAAACCGGAUACAACGAAAGAAGGAGGAGAAGAAGUGCCCUUGACAAUUGCAUUCCUGGAAGGAUUUCUACUCUAUGCGCCACCAGUCGCGGAGGAUGCUUCACAUAUUUUGCGCUCUGUUCACGACGGUAUCGAUCUGCAUCUUUUCCUCCCGGCACCCUACGAUACAGUCAAAGCACGGCGAGAAGCGAGGAGUGGGUAUGUGACAAUCGGACCUGCGCCGACGCCAACGGCCGAGCGUUCUGCAGAAGCUGAACACCUUGGACAUUCAUCGGUAAACCUCGAUGAGAAAGAUGAUAGUGCGCCGCAGAACUUUUGGACGGAUCCCCCGGGCUAUGUUGACGAUAUUGUCUGGCCGAUGUAUGUGCAGGACCAUGCGUGGUUGCUGAUGCCGGAAGGGGAAGAUAGUAGUAAACAGUCACUGGCGGCGGCGUCUGGGACUCGGAAUGAGAGCGAACUGUUGAAGCUGGCCGGACAAGGAGUGAAUUUACGGACUGACACGGGUGUCCUGAUCGCACCAGGCAAGGGAGAAAAGCCGAUGACGGAAAUUCUGGAUUGGGCCGUUGAUGAGAUUCUUGGGUUUUUGAAAGUGUAA